AUGCCGACAGAGGAGUUGUAUCCAGAGAGCGACGGAGCUAUGGGCUGGGGGUGGUCGAUCUGCGAGGGAGUGGUGGCUGUGGGUUCAGUUUGCCUUCUUGGAUGGGCUGGGUUAUGGUUCUUGAAUAGAAGGCUCUACAAAGAGUACGAAGAAAAGCAAGUUCUCGUUCAAAUUAUCUUCAGCGUCGUCUUCGCUUUCUCAUGUAAUCUACUUCAGCUCGUUCUCUUCGAGAUCAUUCCUGUUCUUUCCAAAGAGGCAAGAUGGCUGAACUGGAAGGUGGAUUUGUUCUGUCUGAUACUCCUACUAGUUUUCAUGUUGCCUUAUUAUCAUUGUUACUUGAUGCUUUGCAAUGGUGGUGUAAGGAAGGAGCGGGCUGCUCUUGGAGCCAUGUUAUUCUUACUGGCCUUUCUUUAUGCUUUUUGGCGAAUGGGCGUUCAUUUUCCAAUGCCUUCUCCUGAUAAAGGCUUCUUUACCAUGCCUCAAUUGGUCAGCAGAAUAGGGGUGAUUGGGGUCACUGUGAUGGCUGUGCUGUCUGGUUUUGGAGCUGUAAAUUUGCCUUACAGUUAUUUGUCUCUUUUCAUCAGAGAGAUUGAGGAAACUGAAAUUAAGGCUUUGGAAAGACAACUAAUGCAAUCCAUCGAGACUUGUAUUUCAAAGAAAAAGAAAAUUAUUCUUUCCCAAAUGGAGAUGGAGCGGGUUCUUGGCUCAGAGGAGAAUUCCAAGUCUAGAUCUUUCUUUAAGAGGCUAGUUGGUACUGUUGUUCGAUCAGUACAAGAGGACCAAAAAGAGCAAGAUAUUAAAAACAUGGAAGCAGAAGUACAAGCAUUGGAGGAGCUAUCAAAGCAGUUAUUCCUGGAAAUCUAUGAACUUCGUCAAGCUAAGGAGGCUGCAACUUAUUCACGUACCUGGAGAGGUCACAUGCAAAAUCUACUCGGCUAUGCAUGUUCUAUCUAUUGUGUGUAUAAAAUGAUUAAGUCUUUGCAAAGUGUUGUUUUCAAGGAGGCUGGUUCAGUUGAUCCUGUGACAAUGACAAUUAGCAUAUUCUUCCAAUUCUUUGACAUCGGGAUCAACGCUGCAUUAUUAUCUCAGUAUAUAUCCCUACUAUUCAUUGGCAUGUUGAUUGUAAUAUCUGUACGAGGUUUCUUGACCAAUCUAAUGAAGGUAUAAUCUUUGGGUUUUCAUUUUAAUUGCUUGUUUUUAGUGAUAUUUAGGAUGCCCGCUUUCCUUUUUUAUUCUUUUUAUUUUUUUAUCUUAUGCCGCCAAUGCAAACUAAUUGAAGGGAUGUUCUAAGUGACCAAGUAUCACCAUUUUGCAAAAGGAACAUAUAUUGUAAAAGUAAUUAAGAUUAGUUUUGAAGCUUCCAUUUUUUCUUGUAAGUUUUCCUGUAUGAUUGCGGCAUUCAUGAUACAUUUAAGUUUGAUCCUAGUGUACAUUCUUAUUCCUUGCGAGGUGCGUCUGUGUGAGUGUGACUAAGUGCAACAAUUAGCUUUUUUUUCUUUUUUAUUGGGCUGAAAGUAAUGCAAUUACUUGGCAAUUAUAUUUUCUACUAUCUUUUCCUCUUAUUGUUUGAAUAAUA